AUGAAAAAAGUGGGAAAUCAUUUUAAGAGUAUUGAUUUUUUUAGUGUAACAUACUCUCCUGCCAUAUCAGAAGGUUUUAACUACAAUCAUUCAAGUAUAAUUGGAGGAGUUAUUUCUUUGAUAAUUGGUUCAUUGAGUUUGUUAUAUUGUGCAUACUAUUUAUAUUUAUGGUAGAGUGGUUCCCUUUUGCCAAAAGUAGCCGAUGAUAUAAACAAAUUUCAAGAGGAUUUUAGAUUUGGUGAAAUUAACAAUCAUAUUGAGGUGAUAGCUUAUGAUAAUAAUGGUGAAUCAGCAAUAAAUCCAUUUAAAGGGGAUGAGUUAAUUAUUAUGCCUUUGAUUUUAGAUCUUGAUGUAGGGGAAUAUCAAGCCUUGCCUACUAAUUUUACAUAAGAAAGUAAGCUUGAUAUCAAUUAAAUUGUUAACAAGGAUAGGCAAUUCAUAGUACUCUUUUCACUUUGUAAAGAAGAAUACUUAAUUGAAGGAUAUAAGUGUGCUUCAGAUGAAGUUAAGAAAAAUUAUUUGAGUUAAUAUGGAAAUAUGAUAUAUGCAAAUUUUGAAUUUACUACAAUCAAUCCAUCAACAUUUGCACAUCAAUCAUAUUUUAGAACCUAUUCAAUUUUUAUCCAUUCUGGUGCCGAGUUGUGCUCAGAAAUUACAUUACAUUAUCAAAUGAAUCAAUAUUUGAUAGACUAAGCUUUCUUAUUUUCAUCAGAAAUAAAAGAGUAUAAUUAUAUUUCAGAUUCGCUAAAUUAUAUUUAAUAUGGAGCUAAAAGUUACUGUGAUACUUAUUACCUUCCAGAUACUUUUGGAUCAUAUUGGAUACUCUUUUAAUAAUAAUAUCAUACAGUACGAAUUGGAUAUCCAUCAAUAAGUGAAGUAUUUGCAGCAAUUGGAUCAAUAAUUAGUAUAUUAUUUUCUGUCAAAUAUUUGAUUACUAUUUUAAAUUUAUCACAAAUGAGAUAAUCUGUUUUAGAUGAUAUAAUGAGAUAAUAUUAUCCUGAAAUGAGAAGAUUUGACAUUAUAAAAAGUUUUUGUGGAAAAAUUAAAUCAGUUAAAUUUGAUGGUUUGUAAGUAGAAUUGUCUGGAUUUUUGAAAUUUUAGAAAUAAAUUCAUUCUCAAAUGGCUUGUAAAUUGAAUUAUAAAAAUUUAUUGUAUGAAAUGUCACGGUUUUAAUUUAUAAUUAUGUCAAUGAAAAGGAGAAGUGAAAUUUAAAAAGUACAUUCGGUUGGAAUAAAAGUACCGAUGAAACUAUCUGAAUCAGGUUAAACGUAUUUAAUUGAUGAAGGGUAUUAAUAUUAAAUGCAAACACUGAACGUAAGUAAUUUAAAUAGUGUCAAUUCAAAAUAUGAUAUUUUGUCUAUAAAUGAUGCCUUAAUUUUUAGUCCUUAUUCUAAGAAACUUAAUUAACCGUCUGAAUUAUAAAGUGCAAGGAACUAAGAAAAAUGUAAUUCAGAAGAAGAGAUAAAUUAAGAACAGGAUUUCUAUGAUGUAAAUUACAUAAAUUUACAUGGUUUAACAAAUAGGUCCCAUUUUAAUUGA